GUUCGUCUCACAAUCAGUUAUAAUCAUUCUCGUCGUACGAAUGAUAUCAAUUGAAAGUCGUAGAACUCCGUGGGUUUUGUGCAUGGCAAUAUUGUUAAAAAUAAGUGCCUCAUUGAUAUCCUGUUGGCCUCUGAAUCGUAACAUAACCUAGGUUAUUGAGCAACACCAGUCUAUGCGAUGCUUUGUUGAUAUACUGCUUGGGGGAGAGCAAAUUCCUUUCAAAACGAAUCACAUCAUAUAAUUUAUAUGUCUUGCUAAAUGAUUCGCCAGGACAACUGUAAUAAGAAGCUUCAACGUAAUUGAAAGUGACAGAGGAACAAUUCUAAAUGAAUGGUGUUCAUAAACUUUCCAAUGAAUGUUGUUAGGGGAUGUAGGCGGACCAAGGUGGCAAACACCCUUUGACUAUUAUGAGUGAAUUGCAGUCAACUAUAGAAUUCUCUGUGGAAUUAUUCAAAUUUUAUAAUGUGGACUUAUUCCAAAGAGGUAUGUACCAAGUGCGCUGCGCCUUACGUGUUACUUCAAAGCUGAGCGUUGAAGUAGAAGUAACCACACCAGAAGUUACCACUGGAUUAGGCACUGCCAUCGUCCUGGGCAGUUAUGGCGCCUGUAGGCCUUUCCAGAUUCUCUACAGGAACGAGGAGGUUACUUUAAAGGACGUUGUUCUAUUUAGGUGCCAUAUGUUGGUCGAUGCUACUAAUCUUCGAGAUUCCUUGGAUAAGGCAGAGUUCUCCCUGAUCCUAGAGCUAUGGUUCAGCGAUUCCUCACCUGCUUCCAUGACCUUAGUUUCCAACAGGACGCUGCAACUCAACAUGUCUCCUAUAGAAGGUCUACAUUACCAUCUACCGGUGCUUUUCGAUUAUUUUCAUCUUUCAGCUAUUUCUGUCACCAUACACGCUGCACUUACUGCCUUACAUCAACCUUCUAUGAAGAAGGGGAUACUGCGAUAUAUGCAAAGCUGUGCCCCAAAGAGCUCUAAGAGCUGGAGCAAGAUGAAGUCAUCCCAUCAACAGUGCAGCUCUUCAACGGAUCCCGUCCUUUCAAUGAAUAGUAAUAAGAUAUAUAGCCGUAUUAACGGAUCAUCGCAAGUACAACUAGAAGCCUAUAAUGUUUUAUUGGAUUCCAGUUCGUGUCUCAAGCAGACCAUCAAAAAGUAUAAAGCGUUACUCCUGCAGAGGGAAGAAGUUGUCUCGGAGAAUUAUGAUACUUUGAUUGUUAGGCACAAUGAUUAUGAUAGCACAAAGCUAAUGAAGAAGAGACCAGCUACUCAAAACUCAGGCCUCGCAGAACUGUGCGCGGACAAUAUUAAGCUGUGGAACUAUUUUCUGCUAACCUUCAGCUGCAAGAUAGCUAUUCAGCAAUAUUUGAGCAGAAAACACCACAGCUUGAGGGUGAAAAGGUUCGCCGAGUUGUUUUUUUCUGAUCUGUAAUCCACGAAGAUCAGCAUUCGGAAGCUACGAAACUAAUUAUCAUAAUUAUCUGCUUAUUGCUGAAGUGGCAAGGAGAUCAAAGUACAUGCAAAUGCUGCCUCCUCUUCCUGUACAUUGCGUUGCCUUAGAUGGAGAUAGUUCAACAAUGCCAGUGAUAUUCGAAGAUCAGUAUCAAGAUCCAUUUGAAAUCAAAACUAGGAAUUAUGAUUCUGGUCUAACAUCUAGACAAGGGGUAAAUGAUCCAUGGAUUCUAAAGCCAUCAACAACGUUCGACUUGGAUGACACUAGUUGUUCAUGUGGUAUCGGUAAGCUGUGGGAGAACAGAAAAAGUUCUGAAAAGUUAUUAGAGAACACCGACAUUUACAUAAAUCUGGAAGAGCCUAGUACGUUUACAAUACCAGCCAGGCACAGCAAGUCUUUGGACCAACUACAACUGUGUUCUAGAAACAAUUUCUACUAUUCUCUAAGUAACAUGCGAGCUCAAAAAACCAUUUGCGACGCUAAAUCCUGUUACAACACAAGCAAAAAUCAAUGUACUACGAAGUUGAAAAACGUGGCUAGUGAACAGAACAUGCGAAAUCAAAAGUACCUAGUACAAAACGAAUUUAGUAGAACUAAUAGAGAUAUAUGUGAUUGUUCAUUGAAUUAUUAUACCUUAAGCUUACGAAAACCGAAAAGAAAUACUGAAUAUGAUUUAAAAAAUGUUGAGAUGAGUUUAGAUUUUACUAAUGGCGUUAUAGAAAAAAGGUAUAAGCAGUUCAAUAUCAAGAGUUUAUCUAAUGUUAAGUACGAAACUAUAGCGAAGAUAUCAUGUAAUGACGAAAAAAGUAUUCCACGAGCUAGAUCUGUACAAAUGUUCUCCGAUCAGACAAAAAACCAUGAAAGACCAAAGAAAAGCAACACGUUGGGUACAACUAAAAACAAUGAACACAUGCAGGCUACAAAGGUGGAUGUGAAGACGAAAGUAGAAAACAAAAAUGGUAUAAAUGAACAUCAAAUGAAAAAGUCACAAACAAAGCAAAAUUUAUUAAAUGGUAGUAGGAGGUUAUUUGAACUAGGAUCUAGUAGCUCCACAGAAGGUCUGCCCAAUAAUAUGCUAGAAGCCAAGACAGAGCGAAGCUUGAGAAGGGCUGCUAAAAUAAGAAAGGUUCGAAGCGCCACACUCAUAUUCCAGCAGACCACACCUCAGAUACUAUCAGGAUCUGAAUCGCUUCCGAACAUAUCCGCCAAAUUAGAAGAAAGGCUGUUUCCUGAAACCAAAUAUUAUAGCAGCUCUACGUCAUCAACAAGUGAACAAAGUGGCUGGAUAACAUCUAGGAGUACUUCCAUAGCUUCUAGCAUAGACAUCACUAACGUUCUACCAAGUUCAAUCGUGAUAAUAGAAAAUAAUCAAAAAAGGGUAGGUAGUAACUCAGAAGGAAAGAAAAGUAAAGAGAGGGACAAGGAUAUCUGCGAUAGAGGUCAUACGUUAAAAAUACCAAAAAGUAGAACAUUUAGUAAAAGUAAUAGUUCAAAUAAUAUUAAGUCUAACAACGUUAACGAUAAAAAUCAAGAAGAUGACGAUUCAUCUAAAGGCUGUGAGUUAAAUCAAACAACAUUCACCGAAGACUUUCCACUACCACCUCCUAAACAGUUCAGGGACUUAGAAUCCCCAUGUAGUUCAGUAACCAAUGGUAACGGUACUAUCGAGGAAGAAAUCAAUGCUGUAGAUAAUCUCCUCUAUCAUGUGGUUGACACACGGACCACUCUAGAAAGAAAGCCUAGUCAGUUUGACUUGAAGUCGACGUCUGCAAAUGAUAGUAAUGACGAAGAUUUAGGCACGCACCACAAGGCAACCAACGAAAUGACCAAAGCAUUUCUAAAGGGCAAGCAGGAAUUCAAACGUCAAUUAAACUUCCCCGGAGUCUUGUACUCAGACCUGGAUCCAUCGGUAUUCGCAUCCUCCAUUCCGUAUUUCCACAUCAGCGAUGAGUUUCGCAUAUUCUCACCAGAGGGCAUGCAUCUCAUUGUUUGUGUUCAUGGAUUAGAUGGGAAUGCAGCAGAUCUGCGACUGGUCAAGACUUAUCUAGAAUUGGGACUACCAGGAGCGUAUUUGGACUUCCUUAUGUCGGAGAGAAACCAAGGGGAUACGUUCAGCGAUUUUGAGACCAUGACUGACAGAUUGAUAAGUGAGAUUUUACAAUACCUGGAUACCAGUAGUAUACGACCAACAAGAAUAAGUUUCGUAGGACAUUCGUUAGGAAACAUCAUAAUACGAUCAGCGUUGACCAGACCUCAAAUGAAGUUCCUUUUACCUAGACUACAUACAUUUCUAUCUCUUUCUGGGCCUCAUUUGGGUACACUGUACAAUAGUAGUGGCCUUGUUAACAUGGGUAUGUGGUUCAUGCAGAAAUGGAAGAAGUCCGGGUCACUACUUCAACUAUGUUUGAAAGACUCGACUGAUCCCAGACAAACGUUCUUGUAUCGACUGAGUCAGCGAAGUACACUGCAUAAUUUCAAGAACAUACUACUUUGUGGAUCUGGACAAGAUAGGUACGUUCCGUUACAUUCAGCACGUAUAGAGCUCUGCAAGGAAUCCCUGAAGGACACAUCGCACCUGGGUGUCAUCUACAGAGAAAUGGUGCACAACAUUCUGUCUCCCAUCGUAUCCGAGAAAGACGCCCGCCUGCUGAGGUACGACGUACACCACGCACUGCCCAACACUGCAAACGCUCUUAUCGGAAGGGCCGCGCACAUCGCUGUCCUAGACUCGGAGCUCUUCAUCGAAAAGUUCAUGGUAGUCGUCGGAAUCAAGUAUUUUAGGUAGAAGGCGAGUAUAGGUUAGCAUUCUAAAGUCACAUAUCUGCACCGUGAUGGUUAUUAAAUAUUUUUUUGGUUAAAAAGGACACAGUUGAACAUGGGAUAUUUCAGAAAAAUCGAUCUUGAAAACUUGAUUAAAAGUGCUAUUUGUAUUUUCAAUUAUAACAUCAAAAAGUCGGUAUUAUUCUUUGAAGAGAUUUGAUAGGAUUCAACAUCUUUUUGUUUGGAUGGAUAAUAUUAUCAGAAGACGGUGUGAGAUGUCGUCCAACUUUGUUAGACUCAAAUGGUCUCCAAAAUCCCAUUUUUAGAUUUUUAUGAUUCUCCAAUUUUUAUUUUUAUCAUUCAGGAUUCAAAUAAUAAUAAUAAUCGUCUUUAUUUGUAAUGACCACACCAUAAAAUGAUUUCAAAAAGUUGGUUACAUGUAUGCCUCUGGCACAUAAUGCCUUUUUGUGUACGAAGUCUCGUGAACGUAUUUUUUACAUCAUCAGCAAAACUUUCUCUGUAAAUCGUACACAUCAAACUGUCAUUUCCAUCUGACCACAAAAACAUUUGCUGAAAUAUAAAUAAAUAACGACUGAUUAAGUGCAUACUUGCCGACUGUUAGAAGCUUGAGCAUGUGGAAUUUUUUGUUUUGUGCCUUAUUUAUCGUGGAAAUACCUUUUAUGUUUUUGAGAUAAAUGGAGUAUUUCUUGAAUAAAUAAAUGCAUUUUCAAAAUUUAGCUAAAGAGUUUGUAAAUAAAUUUUGACCAAUUUUGAUAAGUUUGGUUUACUUGUAGUAAAGCAUCUCCACACCUGACACCAUCUGUGUAGCACUGUGGUCGUUAUUAAAUUGACUCAUAUUACAUUAUCAGUAUGAUGCAAACUAAUAUGGAGCUAAUGGUGUGUGAAUCAAAUUAAACUCACCUAUUGUUGGUCACUAUAAAAACCCAAAAAUUCGACGAAAGCUGUGACUUGGCCAGAUUUACCUAUAAAUGGAGUCAACGGUUUAUCGCUACAGUGCAGAUAUCGGAUGAAUGAUGUAUCGAAACCGUAGAGAAUGUUACUUUUAGUACUGUCCUUUAUUGUGAUAUUUCAUAAAUUUUGUUAUAACACUUACGAAUUUGUAUGGCCUUCUGUCUUUUCGCUUUAUACUAUAUUUUUGUCUUAUUAUGUAGAGAAAUUAGUUAGAUUUAAGCCGAACAUAUUAUGUUCAGCUUCAUGAAUUCUAAAAGUAUGCAAGGUCGUUUUAAAAAUUUUGUAACAGAAAGAAAACUUGCUGCAAUUAUUUCCUCAAUUCGAAAUCAUGCGAGUAGCUCAUACUGUUACGGAUAUAGGAGCAAUAAAAUUAUUCCAUUACGUCCAAGGUCUAGGUAAUGAAAUAACUUUCUAAACAAAAUUAUAACUGGUAGGACUGUAGAUUGGCACUUCUUCGAAGAGUUGCUUUUGCGCAUCACCAGAACAAACUAAAACCGGCCUAAUAACUUUUUGUUCUCUAUGAAAAUUUACCAUUCUGAUAACGUAGAUAUCAAUAAUUUGGAAUUAGACAAAACUAAAUAGUUCAAAAUAUCUAUCGUAACAUACAUUUGCACGUAUUUCGAACUUUACAGCUUCACAAACUAAUAUCAGUGAAACAAUUACUAUCAGAUGUGUUUAUGUGACUCAUGCAAACGCAGCUUGUUGUGCUGGAGUUUGCUAAUACCAUUGUAACAAAAACGCUAUAGGCGCAUUGUAAACGGUAGGAAAAUUUAUAUUCUAGAGCCAUACAGUACUCAUAAGGAGCUUCAAAAUUGCGGAUCACAUGUUACCAUGUCUUGGAAUCUGCCAGCGUUAUUAUUGCGCUAAAAUAUUUAUGCCGCAAUUACAUCAUACCCAAAAUUCAAUUUCUGACUUAAUCCUUCCAAAAAAUUCAUGAGGAACGUCCAGGGAAAGCACAGUUUAUACAGGAUGAAUGAAAAUCUUUCCUUUCACUGCCAGUAUAAUCUCGGAUUUGGAAUUCGAAACGAAGAAUUAGGUAAUUUGACAAAAUUCAGUGAAGCGAAAAGAACAUUUUAGUGAUUCUAUAGGUCCUAUAUUUAUCCAAACGCGCCUAAAAGGAAUUGUAGAUAGAUUUACGAUGAUACUUGGUUUAUAAGAAGCGCAAAAUUCAUGGACUGAUAUACAAUAUCAAAAUCAAUAUAUUUGGUGUGUUUGACAGGGCACCUGAUUAAAUAUUUCAGUUGUCAAGCAGUUCUUUGGAUUUAUGCCUUAUUUGAAUUUACUUCUAAUAGAGCUACGAGGUGAUGACAGAAUGUUACUGUAUUCUCCAUAUUUAAUGUUUCUUAAUGUUUUAUAAGAAAAUACAUGUUGAUGG